GCACCUGCAGCGCGGACAUUGCGUCUCUCUCAGACCUCCCUCUUCGCCGCUUUCCCCCACUUUCACUCGUAGUACUAGAGCGCAGCCAUGAGCUCCAUCUCCGCGCUCAUCUUCCUCUUCCUCUUCUUUUUGUGCGCUGGAUUUAUUGGAUGUAAACCCUCGUCGUCUUGUCCGAGCGGGCAGUUUCUGCUUAAAAACCAGUGCGUCCUGUGUCAUCCCACCUGCUCCGAGUGCGACGGACAUGAGCUGUUUGACUGCACUACCUGUGGAGUUUAUGAAGACGGACAGGAGCGUUUCCUGCACCAAGGUCGCUGUCGGACGCACUGCCCCAGGGGAUUUUACCCUGACAGGGGUCACUAUGUCUGCCUGCCCUGCAUAGCCAAUUGUGAACUCUGCACAGAUGGCAAUUUGUGUGCCAAAUGCCGGGAACACUACAAACUUCAGAAUGGGGUCUGCCAACCAGCGCUGUGUGGCAUAGGACGGAUGCUGGACCCCGAUACAGGAGAGUGUAUCAACUGUGAAAUGGCCUGCAAAACGUGUUCUACAGACCCUGAGAUUUGCAGCAGCUGCGUUCAAGGUUACUUUCUUUUCAGACAGAAAUGCCGCAGACACUGCCCUCAGAGCACCUACGAGGACCACGUCGGUGGAGUCUGUCUGUCCUGUCCAGCGCCAUGUGAGGACUGUAGUACCAACACCCGCUGUCUCGCCUGCCAGCCGGGUUACUUCCUGAACGGAGAGGAGUGUAUAAAACAGUGUCCAUCGCAAACCUUCAGUGACUCCAGUGGGUGGCGCUGUCAGCUUUGCCACAGCUCGUGCCAGACCUGUCAUGGGCCUCAUUCUACAGACUGUAAUCUCUGUCUGAGUGGGAAUCUGCCUCUGCAUGGACAGUGUCCCCAGGUUAACUGCCCACUUGGCCAGUAUUUUGAUGGGAAAUUUGGUGGUUGCCACUCGUGCGACCCAUCCUGUAAGACCUGCUUCGGCCCACAGGCGCUGGAUUGUUCCUCCUGUUUCCAAGGGUAUUUCUUGGACCUGGAGAGUUCUUGUGUAGAACAAUGUCCAUCGGGCUCUUAUGCGAACCCUGCCACCCGGCUGUGCGAAGACUGCUCACCAAACUGCGAGGACUGCGUAGACACCAGUGAUAAUUGCAUCAGCUGCCCAAAAGGCAGCAACACAUUUUUCCUGCACCAAGGCCGGUGUUGGUCAAAUUGCCCAGAGGGUUUGUUUGAGACUCCAGACGGUUCAUGUGAGGCCUGUGAUAGUUCCUGCCUGACUUGCGAUGAGAACAAGUCUCAGUGUCUCUCCUGUCCUGAUGGCCACUACUUGGAGAGCGGCACAUGUAGACUGAACUGUUCACUGCGGGCAUACCCAGCGGAAGACGGUACCUGCAGACGCUGUCCUCCCCACUGUGAUGUCUGCUCCGAUGACAGAACCUGUUUCAAAUGUACGUUCCUCUACUUGAUGCUAAAUAGUGUGUGCAAAGCCAGCUGUCCCAUGGGUUAUUAUGAGGACAUGGAGGAGGGCCUGUGCACUCAGUGCCACCCUACCUGUGGCAGCUGUUCUGGACCGCUGACGGAUGACUGUGAGACCUGCUCAACCUUCAGUCCCAAGCUCUAUAAAGGUUCAUGUCUCAAAGACUGCCCUGUGGGUACCUACUAUGAGACAUCAGCUGUGGAGUGCCAGGAAUGCCACCAGACUUGUAUGAGCUGCAGUGGUCCAGACCCAAACCAGUGCACCCAGUGCGAGAGGGGACUGGUGCUGGAUCCCAGCACCUUGCUGUGUGGCGUCACAGGAGACGAGACGUGCCCGACGAGAACGUACCUCCACGACGACCAGUUCACUUGCAUGGGCUGCCACAAGCACUGUUACUCCUGCCAGGGCCCCGGCAGUGAUGAAUGUUUGACCUGUGCUGUCCCCAAAUACCUUCAUAACAGCAGCUGUGUGGAUGAAUGUCCUGCUGCUACGUACUCCACAAGGCACGAAGCUGACGGACAGGAGCUGGGAUUCUGUUCGCCCUGUGACCGUGUUUGCUCCAGCUGCACUGGGGCAUCACCUCGAGACUGCCUGACCUGCUCUGUGGGAUACCUGCGGCUCUUCCAGCUCUGCGUCCUCCAUUGCCCCACCGGGUAUUACAAACAGGGCUCUCGCUGCCAAAAAUGUGACCCGUCCUGCGAGCUGUGCACAGGGCCGGGGCCAGAGUCCUGCCGGGCCUGUCUCCCUCCUCUCCUGGAGCUGAAAGGCACCAAGCUGUGUGUCGAACGCUGCCCGCACCGCUUCCAUCAGGUCAAUGACCUCUGCAAACAGUGCCAUACCAGCUGUCAGACCUGCACAGACUCCUCGCCUCAAGGCUGCUUGACGUGUGACUGGGGUAGCACUUUGAAGGACAGUGUCUGUUACCCACGCUGUGAGGAGGGGCAGUACUUUUCAAAAAUGGAAACCUGUGAGCUUUGUGACAGCUCCUGCAGGCACUGCGUCGGCCCCAGACCUGACCAGUGUCUGACCUGUCACGCAGACUUCGCCCUCCAUGCUGUAGAGAACCGUUGCUCCCGCUGCUGUCAGGCUGCAGGGAAUCACACCAACUGCUGUGUUUGUGACACUCGCUCAGCUCUUUGUGUGGAGGCUCCUCUGUCCAGGCCUGGAGAUCACAAGGAGUUGGACACAAAUAUGUCCUCGCGGGCUUUAAAGCACACCUCAGCUGCUGUGCCCGUUGCCCUGCUGCUGGCAGCCGGUCUGGCGCUGGCGGUCUUUGCCUUGGUUAAGGCACAUUCCAGGAGGAGGCUUUGCUGGAGCCAAAGCUACGAGAGACUGAGUGGGAGUGGCGGCAUCAACAUGCCACACGGCGUGCCCGAGCCUGACAGCGGCGAUGAGGUAGAUGUGGUUUACACCAGCCGAGGCGGAUCAGUUUAUAGACGCUACAGCUUCAUCCUUGAGCAGGACACAGACGCAGACCAAGAUGUCAUCGGAAAUCAGUCUUAGAUGCAUCCAUGCCAAGGUGUAC